AUGUGUACUUACACUGGUGGUGAAAAAAUUUCAUUGCGCCACAGCUCCGCACCCUUAACUGAUGAAGCAAUAAAUGAAAUGGUGAAGUAUCUUCUGAAUGAAGACCCGGAAGAUUGUGUAAAAGUGGGUCUGGCCCCUUUCUUCAAGCUUAACCCGCCACCAGAUGCUAAGUCUGACUUUUGGAAAGUGGAGUAUGAUCACGAGGCUGCUAAGAAGGCCAGGGCUGUCAAAAAAGCCGCUAGAAAAAACACCAAGAAGAAGAAGAAGAAACCGAGCGCCUCUGACCUGCUCAAACUGGAUGACACCUCUGAGUCGGAGGCUGACACGGGAGCCAGCCAAGCAGCUGAAGACGAGGAAUUUGCCUGCUCUUCCUCUGGCGACUCAUCACAAACUGAGUUGCCGGCUUUCAAAACUGCCCCUGGUGGACAAGCAAAACCCAACAAGAAGGCGAAGGUGAACAAACCAACUGAAGCACCGAAAACUGCUGAGCCGGAGCCACAAGUCUCUGUUCCUGAAGCUUCUGACAAACAGCCGGAAGAACCUGUUACUGUCACUCCGCCUGAGAUUCCGGAUCCCAGUAUUGAUGACACUGCUAUUAAUCCUUCCAAUCCUGCACCCUCAAGCUCACUUAAGCUGUCGGAAACUCAUGACGAUGAUGUGUUGAUUACUGGCACCGGCUUUGUAGAGCCGGGAAAUCCAAUAGCUCUGGCCAAACAUACUGCUAAGCAAGAGGUUAUUGAAAGGCGAAAGAUGAAGUUUGACAUCUCCCAUUAUGCACAGCUGAGCAGCAGUGAGAUCCUCUCUGGUUAUCUCAGCCAAGUACACUCCAGCCGCGAUCUUGAAGUUGAUAUGGUGAAACAAAUGCACCAAAAGUAUGAGGCUGCCACUGCUGAACUGGAGUCUCAAUUGAAUGAUGCAAAGACCCGGUUGGCGACUCGGGAAACUGAGAUCCGGAAAGCUGAGUCAAAAUUCCAGUUUAGCGUGGCUGAGUCGGAAAAGCUGAAGACCAGUUUUGAAGCAGAGAAAAAGACUUGGGCGGAAGAAAAGACGGCGUUAAUGCAACGUGCUGAGAAAGCAGAGGCAGCGCUUCAAGAGGUGACCACUGAGCUCUACGGCUUAAAAAACCGUGUAUCUCAGAUGGUUUCAGCUAUCUUUGGUCCCAGGAGCAGCAACCUCAAUCAAGAUAUGCUUGUGAAGCUUAAAGCUGUCUAUACACUUGUUGAGCAGCUGUACACCGGAACUCAGCGUGCAUUAGCCGCCAUUUCGCCCACAGGUCAAGCACCAACUAUGCUGAUAGAUGUUUUGAAGAAACUCUCUAUGCUGCCUGUAAGAUUUGAUGAGCUGUGA